AUGGUUCUGCUGAGCCCCUCAAUGAAGGGUUUAAGAAAGCUGCUGAGAAUAUGUGAACGUUAUGCGGUGGCCCAUGGUCUUCGAUACAAUACAAGUAAAAGCAAAUUAAUGAUAUUUAAGUCGGGUAAUAAAAUUUACGAACAUAAAGAACCUCUAUCGCUGUGUAACGCACCACUAAAUAUGGUAACGAAGUUUAAAUAUCUUGGCCACUGGGUCUCCGACAACCUAAGUGAUAUCCUAGACUUAGAGAGGGAACGUAGGGCGUUGGCUGUCCGCUGUAAUAUGCUGGCCCGAAGGUUUGCGCGUUGCAGUGAACAAGUAAAAAUAACUCUGUUUAAGGCUUAUUGCCAAUCAUUUUACACGUGCAGCCUUUGGACCGGCUAUACGCAGAGGGCAUACAACGCGCUGCGAGUGCAAUAUAAUGACGCGUUUAGGGUAGUGAUGGGGCUGCCUAGGUUUUGUAGUGCAUCCGGCAUGUUUGCGGAGGCGCGCGUUGAUGAUUUUUACGCGAUCAUUAGAAAAAGAUGCGCAUCAUUAAUGAACAGGCUCCAGGCUAGCCCCAACAUUAUCCUAAGCGCGUUGGCAUGUAGGUGGGACUCCCCACUGCUGAGGCAUUGGAUAGGUUUGCAUGCGCCUCUAGCUAGGUGCAACUUAUUGUGA